AUGGAUUCAUCUAUACACAAAAGAUCGAAAAACGUUAUCACAUUGAAAAAGGGUGGGCACGAGGAUACAGACAUUCUUUCAGGCACACCUGCGAGGGUGGAUGAUUCCAUUCCAACUGAAGUAAACACGUUUUUAGGCGAGGCUACUACAAGAGACAACAAACCAAAAAUUCAGGAGGAAAUCGUUACUAUCACAUCCACUGGAUCUAGGGCAAACAUCGAAAAUACAGACGAGGCAAGCGUAAAAGAUCCGGAAUUUGUAUAUUACAAUAACACUGGAGGAAAAAUUCAUAGUAUAUUUGAUAUACCGGCAAGCAACUCGUCAAAAACGAAAGUAACAUUUCCGCAGAUUCUAACCGUUUUUGCGAGUGAAAGUGACAAAAAAGUCGUCGAAAAGGAAGCAAAAGAUUGCAUUCUACCUUCCAUAUCAGAAAAUAAUCACGCCGAAGUUGAAAAACUUGAUCAACAUCACGAAAAAAAAUCUUCAAAACCUCAGAAGAAAAAAACAGCUGGAUUAUUUGACUUCCGCGCUCUCGAAACUCAGGAAAUAGCUCGCAAAAAGCAAAUCAGGCGAUUGAGGCAACAAGGAUACAGAGUCAGCCACGACUCACAUCUUGAUUCUCGAUUUGUCGCACGACCGUACGAAGGAUCCUGUGAUAACAUAAGUAAGAUUAAAGACGCUUCACCAAAACGAUCUCCGAAACACAGUCCGAACUCCAGUUCACCUCGCUUGGAGCAAAAGCAGGGCUAUUAUACGCAAAACGACAUAAUUGCUGAUCCUGACGCAUUGGCUAAAAUCGAGGCAGCUUUCAGCGAGUGGAACGCGCGCAAAUUGAAAGGAGAACGAAAACUGUUGAAUAAAGAAAGAAAAAGAAGUUCUUCCCAUUCGCCUAUCCGGAACUCUUCACAAAGCACAGUACAUGACAAACCUUCGUGUAAUGGAGAAAAGUUUCUGAAUCAGCAGGGUAAUCUUAGACAUCGAAAUUUUAUUAGAGCAGGUAUUGGAGAGUCAUCAACAGGGACAACUUAUAGAGCAAUUGCCUCUCCAACGUGUUCUCGAAGGAGGGUCCCACCAAAAACAUUUAAGACCCGACCUAAUUUAUCAAUAACUACUAUCAUUACACCGUUACAAUCAAGUCCUGUGUUGACAAGACAGACUCACACAGGUUCAAAUUCGUUGACUGUUAAGAGUGAACCCGUAGUCUCAGAUCAAAGCGGCAAAUUUAUCAGGAAUAAAAAACUGAAUGAACUAGAAGGACGUUUCUCAUCAUCACUGCCGGCAUUAGAUUUACACACGCGAAACAAAGCACUUGUUGAAAUGGAACGUAAAAGCCUUCGACCUCGAACCUCAAGUUUGACUAAGCCUCGUCCUCCAUCAGCUGGAAAAUCACCAAAACCGACCAGAAAAAGGACUCCAAAGACCAAAAAUGAAACCAAGAAUGGGAUUGGUGACAAGGGAAAAAAUGGCGAGAAAAAACCUGCAUCGCCAGCUGCAACAAGGAGAGUGAUGCUGAACACAUCACUUCCAACAGCUUCACCCACAUUUCAGAGGGCGAUGAAGGGGAUGGAUCUACCAGAAAAAGACUAUUCAGAAAUAUUUGUUCGCAACAGACGAGAUAGUAUAUUACAAAGUUAUACAAUUCCCGAAAAUGCGCUGAACAGUUUCAGAGAUGACCACGAAUUGGAUGCAGUAGAGUCAAGUAGUACAGCACUAGAAGAAAUGACUAACAAAUUUCGAGAUGAUUUGAAGGACUAUAAAGGUGGCUGGGAUCCAAAAACAGAAGAGAAAAAACGCAAAUCCAUUUUGAAAAAACGCAGACAAUCCGUAGACGAUAUGGAAAUUAGUACCAGGAAAAAUUUAGCCAAAUAUCUCGAGUCUAAGCUCGAUAUUAGCGGAGUUGGAAAACUACCUUCAAAAAACUUGAGCUUUACAUGACAUAAGUUAUUAAAACGACUUUUCUAGAGAUGGAAGUGUACCUAAAAUGUUAACUUUUUCAUUGUCGGUAUUGGUAAUAUUACUGGCAACAGUAAUGCAAUGAACAUCGCAACUGUUUAUUCAUACUGAGGAUAGGGCUGGGCAUCGACUGGGCAGGCAACAGUAAAUUAUUCGAAUCGGUUCAAACAAUAAUUUCGAAUCGCCGCCAUCUUCCAUCUAGGUAAAUCCCUCAAUCUUUUUGUGGAGCCAUAUUUUAAUAAUGCAAUUCUGACAUCUGACCAUUAUCUCCUAGUGAGUUAUUGAUGAAACAUGGUUAUUAUUGUGUGCGACAACUCUGGGGAAUUUUCUGAUAGAUUCAAUGUAUUCAGUAAAUUAUGUGCCUGGAUGACCCAUCACAAUAAAAAGUCACAUACAAUUAGACAUCUUCAAAGUAGUCGAGAUUCAAUUCGAAAAAAUAUUCGAUUCCGAAAUAAUCAGGUAUUCGAAAAUGCCCAGCCCUACCCGAGGAUUGUGCCAACGACGGUAUUUUUUACUGCUACUCACUCCACCAGUUAUUAUAUAAGCAAUUUCUUCUCUGCACGGGGUAAUAGAAUAUUGCUGUGGUCAAUUUCAACUAUACAACUCUAUCACAUUCAAACAAUACUCGAAAUAAAAAUCUCGGUAUUGAAAUAUCGGUAUUUAAGAGAAAAAGUACCACUUGCAAAAAAUAAAUGUUUGAACGCUCUUUAAAAAAAAAAUUACGAGUCCAAUAAAAGCGACAUUACAUGUUUUCUAACUGCAUUGAAUCUUUUGUAAACGAGCGCAUUAUGGACAUCUCUCAAAAAAAAUGUAAAUUCUUUUUGUUCAAACAUAGCAAUAAAAUCAACUUGAAGUUGAUGAUAUCCAGAUUCCAGACACUUCGUCUCAUACAAACUGUUUGAUUUUCAAUAAAUGAUCUUGUGUAUACAAAAUAUAUAUAUAUACGAGUUAAAAUCAUUCACCGAUGUUCUGUGUACUAUGUUUUUACCUCUCCGUCAAUAUUUAUAAAGCCAAUGACAUCCCCUAAAUUUCGAAUUAACAAGCAGUUUGGUCGAUCUCCCCUUCAAAUAGCAAUAUACAACUCAGGUAAAGUACAUGACUUGUGCGAUGCAACUUCAGACCAACGAAAACAGUUUGGGAGUCAUGACUCAUGAGCACGCCUACAAGGGAAUUUGUAAAACUAUUCGGUGAGAUUAUUGCAUCACAAAAUACUGUAUUAGUAUGUAGAAGUGAGCCCCUCGCCUUUUGGCUAAUUAGCGUUCUGUAGGCUUACUGCGGAUGGACAGUAUAUAAUAAGUAUAUUUUGAUUUUCCCGCAAAAAAAAAUCAUACACAAAACACAAACAAUGAACACACACAAGAUCUGGCAAAACCUUUGCGUCAGUUCACCCACAUUCAACACACAAACAUAUAUUCAAAAUAAAAAUACCCGAACGGGUAUCGUUCGGGCGUCAAACUUGUGUAACAUAAACACUCGGUGGGUCCCAAUUAUUAAAUACACUUUGGUAGGAUGGAAUGCAUGGCUAUGGUAUGUGUAUCACAACAGUGCUUUUCCUACAAAAAAUAUGAAAUAAAAAA